AUGGCACACGUUGUUGAUACUGAACAGGAUAUUGGGCCUGUACGUUCGCCGCUAGACACCAGCGCGCUGGACAGGUUGCUGAGCAACAACUCCACACCACCAAGAGGCGUGCACUUGGGCUAUGGCACAGCAUGGAGUCCGCUGAGGGCUCCACUGAGCAUCGAGCAGUUCAAGUUUGGACAAUCCAAUCCGACUUAUCUGCUGACUGAUGCGGAUGGGAAGAAGGCGGUGUUGAGGAAGAAGCCGUCUUCGAAUGCAAAGCUGAUUUCAAAGACCGCACAUGCUAUAGAGCGUGAGUUUUACAUGCUGGAUGCGAUACUCAAGACAAGUGGCUCCUCUGUACCAAUUGCACGGCCUUACUUUCUAUGCGAAGAUGAACAGUACGUGGGUGCUGUGUUUUACGUGAUGGAGUUUGUAAAAGGCCGUAUCUUUCACGAUCCGUCCCUCAGCAUCCUCAAGGAUGAGGCGGAGAGGGAUGCCAUCUGGCACUCUGUUGUGGACGUUGCACUGGCGAUACACUCAGUCAAUGCUGAGAGGCUGUUUGACGAGCUUCCUGAGAAGCAUUUCAGAAAGCCGGCGUCCAAGGCUAAACAUUCCUCAGCUGGCUACUUCGCAAGACAGGUUAAAUCACUCUCCAAGAUUCAGCAACUACAGUCAGAAACUGUGAAACAGAUACCGCAUUUCGAUGAGCUAUCCCAAUGGUUACUGAAGUACGGUCCAGAGGAUCCACCUCAUAGCACCCUGAUCCAUGGCGAUUUCAAGAUUGAUAACUUAGUAUUCCAUCCAACAGAGCCGCGAGUUAUCGCUGUUUUGGACUGGGAGCUGUGUACCAUGGGACAUCCGUUGUUUGACCUAAGUAACCUCCUACAGCCCUUUAUGAUGACACCUGAAAUGAACCUGGCCUUUUCCAAAUUCGACAUCAAACAAGAUCCAGAACUAGUUUCAAAAGUCCUGGGUCUUUACAGAUCUGGUCUGCGUAAAAGUCCUGUUGCUUGGAGAUGGGACCCAGAACAAUAUUGGAAAGUUGGCACAGUGUUUGGACUGUACAGGGUUGGUGUUAUAUGUCAGGGUAUAGCACAGAGAGUGGAGAAGGGCAUUGCGAGCUCUGCACAGGCCAAGCAAACAAGCUUGUUGUUUCCAUUGGUGGGCGAGUUUGCUUACAAGCUUAUCAAGGUUUCAAAGCUGUGA